AUGAUUUAAGAUUAAUAUUUGUAAUUAUUGAAGGAAAAUUCAUUGCCCAACUAAAUAUGUGAAGCUUACUUAAUCCAAAAACAAUUAAUUAUUAAGUAAACUUCCAUUAAACUUAAGUAAUGUAAUUUCUUACUUCGCAAACAUCAUUCUUUAUGGACCUAUUGCCUUAUUGAAUGCUGAAUAAAUUUGUUCAUCCAAAUUAACUUAAUAAUAUGUCACUAACCUUAGAAAGAAUUAUGAAACCGUUUUAUGUUUGAAUGAACAACAGGAUUCUUCUAAAUUUAUUAAUAAAAUUUAAGAUUCCUUUAAAACUUACUUUUAAGAAUAAAUACUUGAUUAGUAAUACUUAAACUUUUUAAAUGAUUUAUCAGACAAUCACUAUAUCAAGAAUUUAACAUGUAAUGAAUGGUUAGAUUAAAUAUAAGAAUUCAUAGAAAUCUCUACCAUUCAUGAAGUAUGAUUAUAUCAAUUAAUUUAUUAGAUAAAUCAAACACAAUUAAUAAAGUAACAAUUUUCAAGUGAAUCCUAAACUAAAGAAAGAAAGAGGUUACUUUAAAUAUAUUUCUAGUAUUUGUAAUUAUGAUGGCGAUGAAGAGAGAACUCCAUAAUAAAGUGAAGAAGAUGAAUAAAAUAAAAAUAAAGUAUCUAAUAUCAAAUAUAUUUUAAGUAUUAAAAAAGUAAAAAGGAAAAAGAUGUUUAAAAUGAAGAAGGAGAUGAAGAAGGUUAUGAAGCCAGUAAUUCUGAUCAUAAAACUAAAUAAUCAAAAAUGACUAGAAGAAGGAGAAAAUAAACAAACAAUUAAGAAUUUGACACAGAUAGGGAAAAUGUAACUAUUAAUUAAUAAUAUAGAAACAAAAAGUUUGA